UUGCGACAAUCAGAUGUUUUUUUUAAUUUCAAACAAACAUAAUUUAUAUGUAGCUGUUAUCUAACUUCUCUGCGUUGUAUGUGAUUAACAACAUAUAAAUAGAUAAAUAUUCCAGUUUGGUGUGCACACUCAACGCGACACAAGUAGACAAUCAUGAGCGAAUUACGAUACGACGGAAGAGUUGCGGUGGUUACCGGUGCUGGUGCUGGUCUUGGACGUGCCUAUGCCCUUUUAUUUGGGUCCAGAGGAGCAAAGGUGGUUGUUAAUGACCUGGGAGGUGGUCGACAUGGUGAUGGCAAGUCAUCCAAAGCUGCAGAUGAUGUUGUGGCUGAAAUUAAAAGAAUGGGUGGUCAAGCUGUUGCUGACUACAAUUCAGUUGUUGAGGGUGAUAAAAUCAUCAAAACUGCGUUGGACGCGUUUGGUCGUGUUGAUAUCGUCGUGAACAACGCUGGUAUCUUGAGGGAUAAGAGUUUCCCAAGAAUUGCCAUUGGUGACUGGGAUAUUAUUCAAGAUGUUCAUCUUAAGGGUGGUUUCAAGACCGCACAAGCAGCGUUCCCUCUUUUUAAACAGCAGAAAUAUGGCAGAUUGAUUUUCACAGCUUCAAAUUCCGGACUUUACGGUAAUUUUGGCCAAGCUAACUACGCUGCCGCUAAAACCGGUACUCUGGGCCUAUCCAGCACGAUUGCCAUCGAAGGCAAGAAAUACAACAUCACCAGCAACGUCAUUGUCCCAACUGCUGCAUCACGUCUCACUGAAGACAUCCUCCCACCGGAUGUAUUCAACGAAUUGAAACCGGAACUAAUUGCGCCGGUUGUGGCGUAUCUUUGCCAUGAAAGUUGCACUGAGUCAGGUUCCAUUAUUGAAUCGGCAGCUGGCUGGGCUGGAAAAUGCCAUGUCAUUCGCGCAAACGGCAAAAAUCUGCGUAAGAAGGUCUCUGAUGGUGUGAGCAUUGAAGAUGUGAGAGACAACUGGGAGAAGGUUACUGAUAUGAAUGGUGCGAGGCAUUUUGCGUCAAUUGAAGAAGUUACUGCUGAAUUGAUGGCAUCUAUUGGUAGUGACGGUGGAAAUUCUGAUGGUGUACAAGAAGGUCAAUCAUUUAAUGAUAAAGAUGCUAUUUUGUAUGCUUUGGGAGUUGGAGCAUCCGUGACUAAUCCAGGAGAUCUUCGUUUCCUCUAUGAAAAUCACGAAGAUUUCAGCGUUUUGCCCACUUAUUUAGCAACGUUGUCUGUUGGUGCUUUGAUGUCUUCAAGCACGAUGGAUAAUGUUGUGCCUGGUAAAACUGUUUCUCUUGAAAAUGUCCUGCAUGGUGAGCAAUAUCUGGAAGUCAUGGAUGAUUUCUCUGCGCCGAAGACUUUCACUAACAGUAUGAAUACUGUGGAGGUUUUGGACAAAGGAUCCGGAGCUGUUAUCGUUACAGAUGUUGUAAGUCAAGAUGCAAGUGGUAAACCUUUGUGGAGGAACCAAAUAGCGACUUUUGCCGUUGGUGCUGGUCAAUUUGGUGGACCAAGAAGCGGCAACAAGUUGAUUCCAUGCGUGCCGAAACCCAACCGCAGCUGUGAUAAGAGUUUGUCUUAUAAAACUUCUCAAGAUCAAGCUGCAUUAUUCCGUCUCAGUGGUGAUGUUAAUCCAUUACACAUUGAUCCUAACUUUGCUGCUGUUGCCGGUUACAAGAAACCGAUUCUUCAUGGUCUUUGCUCUUUGGGCAUUUCAGUACGUUUAGUGCUGCAGGCUUAUGCUGGUAACGAUCCCAAGUUGUUCAAAGCACUCAAGUGCCGUUUUGUGAAACCAGUUCUGCCUGGCCAAACAAUCAAAGUAGACAUGUGGCGUGCCGGCAACCGCAUCCAUUUUGAAACAUCGACAGUCGAGAACAAUAGCGUCACCAUCAGUGGCUCGUACGUGGACCUGAAAUCAGUCGUUGAAGUCGAUUCGCUUGCGUUGAACAACACAUCCGCCAUGGCUCUCCAAUCUGAUGCUAUCUUUGAGUUCAUUAUCUCGAAAGUGAAUGAAGACCCAGCCAAGGCAAAGGCUGUAAAUGGCAUCUUCUUGUACAUCAUCACUAAAGAUGGCAAACAGGCUAAACAAUGGACUAUGGAUUUGAAGGCUGGUAAGGUGUAUGAAGGUGCACCAACUGGUGUAAAACCCAACACAACCCUGACCAUUUCCGAUGAGGACUUUGUGCAACUUGCAACUGGCAAACUGAAUCCACAGUCUGCUUUCAUGAAGGGCAAGUUGAAGGUCACCGGUAACGUGAUGAUGGCGCAGAAGUUGGGCCCUCUGCUGAAGGCCGCCGACGCCAAGUUGUAGAUAUUAUUAGCUAAGACGAAGACAACACAAUUUUAUAAAUAUUAAAUAAUGAUAUAUGGUGCAGCAUGUAGACAUUAAGGAGGGUGUGCAUUUAUAGAUUUCUUUAUUGUAAUGUUUGCUGUUAUGGCAGACAUGUAAGAAACAAAUAUUGUAUUGUUGUGGGGUGGUUUGUAGAGUUUUAUAUGUGCAAAUGUUUUGGCAUUUCCUGAUUUCUGAUUUCGUAUCGGAAAUUUUAAAUAUAUUUGAUUUUAAUCUAAAAAAUUCAGUUUUGAGGUUUGGUUAUGUAUUUGACAGCAAAUUUGACAUGAUAUUUAUGCGAUGUUUAUUUGUAUUAUGUUUAAAGUAUUAAUUUUCACUUUAAAUUUACUCUUAAUUGCA